UGGGGCUAGGAGGCUAAUGGCACCUCUCAUAGACUGUAUGGGCACAAGGUCUCCGAACUGCGCAGGUGCAGGGCAAGGAUGCCUGCACUAGAUUGGGCGGCUGUGCAGUGGGUAGAGCUCGGUGUGGAACCUGGAGGCAGGUGUUCGAAUCCUGUCGCCGCCACCGAGACUCAAUUUCCUCAUCUGCAGAAUAGUCCCUAGCCCCCUUCCCCCGGGAUGUUUUCGGAAGCUGUUUUUAUCUGGGCUCGGGCUCCUCCUUGCAUCUCUAGAUCGCAUCCUUCAGAGGACGCCCAGGGCCCCAGUCUCCUCUUCAGCCUUGGGUCACAAUCCAGUGUUGAGUAGCCUCACAGCACCAGAUCUGACCCCGCUGCCUUCGAGUCCCGGCUGGAGAAGCGGCACGAGCUACGGAAGCAGCCAGUGGGACACUCCAAGCAAGCUGACUUUAUCAAGUGUGUGGAGCAGAAGACGGAAGCCCUGGGGAAACAGUCUUCAAAGAGAGGAUUCACUAAAGACAAGACUCUCAGCUCAAUCUUCAACCUCGAGAUGGUAAAAGAUAAAACCGGAGAAGAGAUCCAGCAGAUCUGGAAGCAGUAUUUUGCGACAAAAGACACUGUCUACGCUGUUAUCCCUGCAGAAACGUUCGACUUGAUCUGGAGCCGGGCCCAGAAGUGUCCAUCUUUCCUGUGUGCGCUCCCCAGGAGGGAAGGCUACGAGUUCUUUGUGGGACAGUGGUCAGGUCCAGAACUGCACUUCACUGCCCUCAUAAACAUCCAGACUCGAGGGGAGGCCGCGUCAAGCCAGCUCAUUCUGUACCACUUCCCAGAGCUCAAGGAGGAGAAGGGCAUCGUACUCAUGACGGCAGAGAUGGACUCCACUUUUCUGAAAGUCCCUGAGGCUCAGUGCAUCGCCAACCAGGUGCAGCUCUUCUAUGCCACCGACCGCCAGGAGACCUAUGGCCUGGUAGAGACCUUUAACCUGCGACCCAACGAGUUCAAAUACAUGUCCGUCAUCGCAGAGCUGGAGCAGAGUGGCCUUGCAGCUGAGCUGAGACCCUCACAACAGCCGGACACAGCCUAGAGCUGGGCUGUUGUACUGUACUGAUGGUGGGUGGUGGUCAUUCGCAGAAAGGGGUCCAGGGACACCAUGCAUCAUAGACACACACGAGCUCGCUCACACGCACACGUGCACACACAUGCACGCGUGCGUGUACACACAAACACACGACUCCUCUUGUGUGCACCCCAGGGUGUUUAUUGUGCUGAGGGGGAUCCCGGAGUUGGUGCCCUGGUGCCGGCGGGCCUUUAGAUCUCAAAGGGUGAGGUCUUCUAAGAGUUCUCUUCGGGCCUCUUUAGGCUGCCCUUAGGAAGUGAGUGGAAGCCAGGUCAGUGACACUUGACAUUGUUAACAUAUUGCAAUGUCCAAGUGUGAUGCUGCCAUUGCAUGCCAGUGGUCUGCCAUCAGCCCCAGAGUGAUGGGAUUGUCCUUUACGUGAAGUUAAGGAGAGAAGAUGCCGACGUGCCCCCUGUGGCCCCAUAUGUGGCUCUCACACCCUUGAUAUGCUCCCACUAGGCGUCUCUGGGGGCCUGGCCUCUUCCUCCAGAAGUGUCCGCGUGGUUUAGCUGGAACUGUGCGGGUUUGACCCGGGUGCCCUCUUGUGACCUCCAGGGCUGGCAUUUGGUGGAGACAGUGAGCAGCACCCCCGAGAUAGUUUCGAUAGCCCCUUGACAGGAAACUGCUGAGUGUGCUCGUUCUUCUCACCUGCCCUUUAGAAACCCUCUCCAGGUUCUGUGUGCUUGGACAGGGUGAACCAACACAGUCUGAAUAUACACAUAGAUAGAAAAACGGGCUCCCCACCCUGAAUCUCAGGGUGGCGUUCCCCAGCUUGGAGCCCCAUUGGUGUUAGCCUAUGAACAAGAGGGGCCUGAUUCCCUGAGCGAGCAAUAAAAACGCUUCUGGCUCCA